GUGAGGUUGAAGUGGAGUAGGAAGAAGGAAAGCUAGAAAGAAAAAUAAAGAAAAGAAUAGAAGUGGAAAAGAUUUGGAAAGAAAAAAGGUUGAAAGAGAGAGAAGAGUCGGCGCCCAUUGUCCCCGCCGACCAAUCAUAGCGUCGUUUUCAACCUCAUCAUACCCACCUCACCUCCCUCCCCCCUACAAACUCCUCGUUUUUUCCACUCUCUUUUAUUAUUAUUCUUAAACCCUCUUUUAAUCUUCUCUUUUUCUUUCUUAUUUUAUUUUCUCAUUCCCUUCUCCUCCAAUUUUUCUUUAUAAAUACAAAUUUUCUUUCACACUUUUCCAUUAUCUAUUUCAUAAACCUGGUUCUUCCGAAUUACAUUAUUUUUUCUACUAAUCGGAAGAUUCCGGGUUUCUAACCUAGUUUUCUCGUUUCUUGAUUUCUUCUUUGUAAAAUUUUCGGAGAAUUAUGAAAUCUACGGUUGAAGGAUCCAUGGUAGCUGAAAGGUUUGAUGAUGGGGAAAAAGAUAAGAAGAAGAGGCGUCGAUCUAAUCGUCGGAACAAGCAGAAUCCUCCUUCAUCUUCAGGGUUAGUAACUGAAGUAAAUGAGGCCAUUGGGGUGUCCGUUGAAUGCUCGGGGAAAAAUGGAACACCCACUCAAUCAUCUGGAUCCUUUAGCAAUUCACUGAAGCAACAGGGUGUUAUUGUUUUCCCCUCUAAUGAGCAAGAAUUAUCCAAAGCACCAAGUGUUGAAUCCAUUUCGAUGCCUGUCAUGUCUCUUCAUGAUCAAGGAGUACAUGAAGGAGGAAUUGUUUCAAAACCAUUUUCAGAACCCAUUGGUUGCUUAGGAUCGUCAACAACAUAUAAAAAGAAUGACUCUUCCCCUUACAAUCAAAUUGGACUUUCUGGCCAGCGAAAUUUUUUUAGUCCACAUUGGCCUGUUGAGGCUGUUGAGAAGGCAUUGGAGAGGGGUGAUGUUUUCAAAGCUGUCUUUCGUGUCAAUGCUCACAAUAAACUUGAGGCCUACUGCAAAAUUGAUGGAGUGCCAACAGAUAUUCUCAUUGGUGGGGCUCCAGCCCAGAAUAGAGCUGUGGAAGGCGAUAUGGUUGCAAUUAAGCUUGAUCCUUUGCCAUUGUGGACAAAAAUGAAAGGACCAAAUGUGACCAACAACAAUACUGCAGUACUGGAGGGUUGUAGUAACCUUGUGGAAGAUAAUGUUGUGGGAGAUAACAAUGGUGAAGGAAACAGAAGCUGUCCUGCUCAAAGCAAGGGGGAAUCUUAUCCAUGUCUUGAAAAAAGAUACAUUUAUGAGAAUAAUACUACACAAGGUUUGCCUAACCAUUUAAGUUUAAUUGGACUAACCGGCUGUGAUAACAAUGAUGAUCUUCACUAUGAUGCAUCUGCUUCCUUAAAGAUUAAUUCUCGUAGCGGACAGAGUGAAGUUAUGAAUGCAGUGGAGAAGUUGUGUUUGUUGGUUAAUUCUUUCCCUUCUAAAAGGCCAACUGGUAGGGUCAUUGCUGUUAUUGAGAGGUCUCCACGCCGAGAAUGUAUUAUCGGCCAUCUUAAUGUGAAGCAAUGGGUUUUCUUCAGGGACACAAACAAGAAAGAUGCAAGAAAGAAUAAGAAUUUGGUGUCUGAGAAUGAAUAUAUCCAUCUGAGACCAAUUGAUCCAAAGUUUCCUAACAUAAUACUUCUGGUCAGAGAGUUACCAGAGAGCAUUGCUAAAAGGCUGAAAAGUGGAGAUGGAGCAAUUGAAAUGGAUCUGGUUGCUGCACAAAUUGAUGAUUGGUUUGAAGAAAGUCCUUUUCCUGAGGGACACAUCUUGCAUAUUUUUGGGCGAGGCAGUGAAAUUCAGCCCCAACUAGAUGCUAUUUUGUUUCAGAAUGCAAUCUGUACGUCUGAAUUUUCACCUGAAGCUCUGUCCUGCUUGCCACAUGUUCCUUGGGAGUUACCAUUAAAGGAAUUACAAAAUCGAACUGAUCUUAGAAAUUUGUGCAUAUUUACUAUUGAUCCUUCAACUGCAACUGAUCUGGAUGAUGCACUGUCAAUUGAGAAGUUGCCUAAUGGAAAUUAUAGAGUAGGCAUCCAUAUUACUGAUGCAUCAUACUUUGUUCUACCAGACACAGCUUUAGAUAGGGAGGCAAAGUUUAGGUCAACAAGUGUUUAUAUGUUGCAAAAGAAGUUGCCAAUGUUGCCUGCAUUAAUCUCAGAAAACAUUGGAUCACUUAAUCCUGGAGUGGAUCGACUUGCAUUUUCCAUGCUCCUAGAUCUAAAUGUUGAUGGGGAUGUUGUAGAUCGUUGGAUUGGUCGUACUGUUAUUCAAUCUUGUUGCAAGCUUUCAUACGAACAUGCUCAGGACAUCAUUGACAGGGAUUUUGAUUUAGAGAGUUCAACUUUUCAUGAAGAUGACUAUCCUAAAGUGCAUGGCCAUUUUGAUUGGUCUGAUGUUAUUACUUCUUUGAAGAGUCUCUAUGAAAUUUCAAAAGUUUUGAAAUACAAGAGAUUUACUGGAGGGGCUUUGCGGCUUGAUAACCCUAAAAUUGUUAUCCUGUUUGAUGAAAAUGGCAUUCCAUAUGAUAGUACGUUUUCUGAACAGAAAGAAUCUAACUUUCUUAUCGAGGAAUAUAUGCUUUUGGCCAAUACAACAGCAGCCGAAGUAAUAUGUAAAGCUUAUCCUGAUGUUGCACUAUUGCGGAGGCAUCCUGAACCUAAUAUGCAGAAGCUGAGAGAGUGUACAGCAUUUUGUCAGAAGCAUGGUUUAAAUUUAGACACUUCUUCAUCUGGUCAUAUCCAUCGGUCCUUAGAGAAGAUAAAGAAAACGCUCAAGGAUGACCCUGUGCUUUAUGAUAUAUUUAUUUCCUAUGCUACAAGGCCAAUGCAGUUGGCGUCUUACUUCUGUAGUGGUGAUUUUAAGGAUAAUGAACAUGAAUGGGGUCAUUAUGCACUAGCUGUCCCUCUAUACACUCAUUUUACAUCACCUUUACGUCGAUAUCCAGAUAUUGUUGUUCAUCGCACCCUACUUGCCACGAUAGAAGCCGAGGAAAUAUAUUUGAAGCAGGUUGGAAAGGAAGUGGGAGCGAAAAAAAGAUGUUUCACAGGCACCAACUUUGAUAAAAAAGCUGCAGAGUCUGUUGAAGGCAUGGAAGCUUUAUCAGCUGCAGCUUUGAAGCAUAGGGUUCCAAGUGCUGAAACGCUUGCAGUUAUUGCUGCCCAUUGCAAUGAGAGAAAGCGAGCUAGUAGAAAUGUUAAGGAUGCCUGUGAGAGGCUUUACAUAUGGUUUCUCCUGAAGCAGCAGAAGGUCAUAUUAUCAGAAGCGAGAAUAUUGGGACUAGGCCCAAAGUUUAUGUCAAUUUAUAUUCAAAAGCUAGCGGUUGAGAGACGCAUAUAUUAUGAUGAAGUUGAUGGUUUAACUGCAGAGUGGCUUGAGGCAACAUCCACAUUGGUGCUUAGCAUAUCUCCUAAUAAACGUGCAUCUAGGAGGGGUGGCGCUAACAAAUGGAGAUCAUUGUCAGACUCUGUGUUGCUUGCUUGUCCAUAUGACCUGAAAGUUACAACGGAUAAUUCUAAACAAAAUGAUGCAAUGGAAGUGGAUGCUAUUGUAUCUAACAUGGACAAGCAGCACAUAUCCCAAUCUGCAAUUGAGCCUGCGUUUUUUCCACUCACUGUGCACCUUCUUUCGACAAUUCCAGUUGCACUUCAUGCUGUUGGUGGUGAUGACGGCCCUCUUGAUUUUGGAGUGAGGUUGUACAUGAGCUCCUAUUUUGUGUAAGUUAGUAGUUUUGAACGGACAGAUUGAGUUUGGGACUAAAUAUUUGAUGUGGUAAAUCUGUCGGACAACUCUCUUAAUGGAAUGGACUUAUCUCCAUUGUAGAAUAGUGUAUAGUGACACACAUAGGUGGGAAGCUUCCAUAGUCUAAAUUUGCUAAUGCUUUAUGAACAUGUCUAAACCUGAAGGAGUAGGUGUGUAGGUAAAAGUUAGGGGUUUUCUGUUAACAGAAUCUCCCUCUUACUGGAAUUGGCGCUUGUUUUUGUUGGCCUGUUCCGUCUACUUAAUAGUGCAAGUAUGUUGGUUCUCCUAUAGAGGCUGGAGACCAAUUCAUAGUUUCUUUCUGGUAUCGGUUUAACUGCGGCCCAAUGAAUUUUUUGAUUUUGGGUGGCCACUCAUGUACUUUAUAUAUUUGGUUUUCUAUGACAUUUGUAUUUCACUUUCUGGAAUGGAAUAAACUAGUUGAAUGA